AUGACUGCUAGCACUGUAAUAGCAUCGUUCACUGGAGCUGUAGUGCAAUAUGGUUUGCCUUCACGGAUUCGCUCAGAUUUUGGGUAUGAAAACCUAUUUGUGGCAAUGGUAAUGAAUGCUAUACGUGGUCUAAGUAGAGGAAGUCAUUUGACAGGACGAUCUGUCCACAACCAAAGAAUAGAGAGGUUGUGGGUAGAUGUUUUCAAGGAGGUUGUGGAUUUUUUUUACCGUGAAUUUAACGCACUGGAGGAUGCUGGAUUUCUAAAUAUUAAUAAUUUAAAACAUUUAUAUGCCCUUCAAAAGGUUUAUGUUAAAUUUAUAAACGAAAAGCUGGACUUCUUCAGGGAAGCUUGGAAUUGCCAUAAAAUCAGAACAGCAGGUUUUAAAUCACCAAGACAAUUGUGGUUAUCUGGAGUAUUGCAAAACGCCAAUUCAGAGUACACCGCUCCAUCUGAAGUUUUAACAGAACAACCUGAUUUAUUUACAAGAGUGGUUGAAGCAUUUGACAUUAAUGAAAGGGAAAUACCGGCAAUUGUUCCAGAUGAGGAAGAAGUAACUUCCAACUUAACAGUAGAUUUUCAACUGACUGAUGAUCAACUCGCUUUUGUAGAUAAUGUCUUGAGUGAUAAUACCCUAGAUUAUAGGUCAAAGUAUUUAAGAAUUGCAGCUUUUUUAGAUACUUUAAUGUAA